UAUGAAAUCUUGAAGAUAAGAGUUGAGGUGUUCAAACCAGAACCAGAAGCCACCGCCGUUUCUAAUGGCUCAAGCUCUUGUUGCUUCUUCCACCUUCUCCUUCCUCCUCAAUGCUUCGGCUGCCAAGCUCGAAAGGCCUCAAGCCUCUGCUCGUUUGCUUCCGCGUUCUGGAGUCUCCCAGACCUCCUCUUCCUUCAAAAGCGGCUCCUCUCUCGAUUUUAGGUCAUCUUCGAUGAGAAAAUUUGAAUGCCGAUCGGUGCGGGUUCCGAUCAGGUGUGAGCAGGGUGCAAAGGAGAGUGGGGGAUUGGAUGUGUGGCUCGGUCGCCUUGCAAUGGUUGGGUUUGCCACCGUAAUCACUGUUGAGAUUGUGACAGGGAAGGGGCUUCUGGAG